UCCUCCCCGGCGGACGGGGCUCGGUGUGCGCAUGCGUGAGACGGAGAAGUGCGUUUCAGAAUGAUUACCGUGCCGCGCGGAGAGACACAGAUUAAACCGCUGCACACAACUGUGGUUUUAAUCCGCGGCCCGAGGAGAUUUAGCGAGGAGAAAACACCGGGUUUAAACCCAGCAGCCAUAUUGUAUGGAAAAAAGGACGAGACGGUUGUUGUCGCCGGGAAAAAGAGUCGUCUCCUCCUCAGACUCGGGAGUUUAGCGGAGUUUCAUGUUGUUUCUCACUGGCGGAGGGUUUGUGACGGACAGCUAGCUCAGCAGCUGGCUGAGGAGUCCACACACCGGGACUAGCUCUUCUGCAUUGUUUUCAUCUGUUCGCUUAGAAAAGUGUUGAAUCGACCACCGGAGAGAUGAAGGACCGACUGGAGCAACUGAAAGCGACGUGUGAUCAAGAUGACGAAGAGGUGGAGAUUGCUGUGGACAACGCAGCCUUCAUGGACGAGUUCUUCUCUCAGAUCGAGGACAUUAGGAACAGUAUCGAUAAAAUUGAUGACAAUGUGGCUGAAGUCAAAAAGCUCUUCUCUGUCAUCCUUUCUGCUCCUACUUCCGAUCAGAAAACACAGGAUGACCUGGAGGCAAUCACUAAUGACAUUAAGAAGAUGGCUAACAAUGCAAGAAACAAACUGAAGACCAUCGAGAGGAAUCUGGAGUCGGAGGAGCAGGAGAGGGUGUCCGCUGACAUGCGGAUACGUAAAUCACAGCAUGCAGUGCUGUCAAGGAAGUUUGUGGAGGUAAUGACAAAGUAUAAUGAAGCCCAGGUGGACUUCAGGGAGAGGAGUAAAGGACGUAUUCAGAGGCAGCUAGAGAUCACUGGAAAAGCGACCACAGAUGAAGAACUGGAGGAGAUGCUGGAGAGUGGGAAUGCUGCUGUGUUCACUGCAGGGAUUGUGGACUCUGGGAUCUCUAAACAAGCCCUGAGUGAGAUCGAAUCCAGACACAAAGAUAUCGUCCGUCUGGAAAGCAGCAUCAAGGAACUGCACGACAUGUUUGUAGACAUUGCCAUGUUGGUGGAAAGCCAGGGUGACAUAGUAGACAACAUAGAGCAGAAUGUAUCCAAGUCAGUGGACCACAUAACAGUCGCUAAGGAGCAGACCAAAAAAGCUGUAAGGUACCAGACCAAAGCUCGCAAGAAAAUGGUCAUAAUAGUGGUGGUUGUGGUGAUCUUGCUGGCCUUACUAGCUCUCAUUAUCGGAUUGUCAGUGGGACUGAAGUCAAGCUGAUGAGCUAACUGAGUAAGAGGAGAGCUAAGGAGGAUGAUGGUUAUUGGUGCCAUCUGUGCUGUGGUUGUUCUCAUCCUCCUCAUCGUCAUCCUCACACUUUAGCAGGACCUCUGUGUUGCUGCCAAUCAUCACUCCAUCCUUCCCUCCAUCAGCUGACCCAUCAAAGAAAAGUUUGAUACUGGUCACCUCAGAUGGAUACAAUCAUAUUUCAUCCACAGAUCAUCAGUUAAAAACUGCACUCGAUGUGACAUUUGAAAGCUGGAAAAAAAGAGGACCUACAGGAAAACAUAACACAAUAUUUCUGACCUUUAAAUACUUUCAUCAUUCCCUUCCGAACCAUCCUCCCUGAAUUGUGAGGGUUUGUUUGACACCUUCAUGCAGCUUGGACAGUUUUGAGGAAGCUGUACUGUAAAUGAGGAAACAAGACUGACUCUGAUGUGAGUUACAAUUCCCACUGUCCUAUGUACACGUGGGGUGAAAAGGGAAUUGAAAAUUACUGAUCGUAAUUCCACCAGUGUCACUAAGCAUUUCAUUGUGCAGCAUUCAGUGCCAAAGAAUCAGCCUGGAAGUUUUUGUCAUCUGAAAUGUAUUAAGUCCUAAUGAGAUGCAUCACCUCCACUGUCUUCAUGUCUUUCCUUUAUGAGCCUUGACACAUUUGUAAUUGAAAAGCUUGCUACUGUAAUGGGAAUUUUAUUAGUUUGGAGGAGUUUCAGCACUUUCACAUUUCAAGAUAUGACUCCACUUCUGUGAUUUAGCUCAGAUGAUCAUGUAGAUAAUAUAAUGGUUAUAUUUGGUGUUAUCAAUAUCUGGCCUGAAUAUGAAGUAGUUCUCUAAACUUGAAGAGGAUCGGUGUGUCCACUUAUGAUUCUUCAGUUUUAUAGAGCACAGUGGUUUUAAUGUUAAAUUUGUGAAGGAUGAUGCUUAUGUAAAACACAUUUCAUGGCUGGGCAGAGCUAAGAUAAGCAAGAAGGAAAAGGGCUAGCGGCAUAAACAUGCAAUCCUUGCUUGAAUAUUUAUCUGAACACUGUAGCACUAUUAAAUAUUAAGGCAUGAUUGUUUCGUCUGUAAAAACAAAAUGUUUUAAUGCCACAUGAUGGUAAGAUUGCCAAUAACACAAGUGGCUUAUUUGCCAGAAGAGCCUAAAUAGUUUUUGUAUUUAUUAUGUGUUUUUAAUGAAGUGUUGCUAAUAAAGUCACACAGGAUAAAGUGCAAAUGGUAAUUCUAACUUGCCGUAUUGUGUCAGUGGCAGGUGGCUGUAAAGUUGCCAUGUUUUUGGUCUCCUCAUAUUUCUAAUAUAAACUCACAACUCAGUUUAUAAGGUACAGCAGUAAUUAAUUAUAAUACAACAGCCCUGUAAUAAUAAAUCAGUUUUUGGCAAAAGAGUUUGACUUGUUGGUUAAACUUAGUAAACAUGUUGCAGGGAGGCUGUAGUUUGUGGUGCUGUUGAAUUGUCUUGCUCUGUAGGGAAGAGGUGAGUCUGCCCUCACUUGUAUAAGUAUAAAGACCUAUAACUCAACAAUACCAUUCAGUGCAAAAUCCAAAAACCUUCAUAUUUUCAUGAUUUUUACAGUUUCAGUCCAUGUUUUCAGAAAAGUCAAUGACUGAAUUAAACUAGAGUGUGUAGAAUUAAGUGAUAUCUAGUGUUGAAAUUGCAUGUUGCAGCUGAACACCCCUC